AUGGAAGCAAGUGGAAGUUUUCCAAAUUUGGAUGAGUUUGUGGUUUGGCAACCUGAAAAUGAUUGUCGUGGAGUGAUUCGUUAUUAUGGUGUUCAUCUUGGAUGGCAAAGAGAAUUGUUAUAUACCUUGAUGAAGACUUGUGCUAUUUUGACAUUUGGUUUCUUAUAUCCUUUCGUCCACCAAUAUUAUAAUCCAAAGUUUUUGGAACAAGUUAGAUAUGGAAGAGGUCAAUUCGUUGUUAUUCCACCACAAGUUGCUUCUCAAUUGAGAGAAAGAAAUAAGAAAACUCAAAUCAAUUACAAUGUUCAAUAUAGCUCACAAUAUCCAAUCAUUGGUCAACCAAUUACUUCACCAGUUGAAAUGAGAUUCGAAUGGACUGCUGAUACUACUGAUAUGUUCUGUAGAUACUUCUUGGGUGCAGUUAUCAAUAAUUUCACAUUUGGUUUCUUCCGUUGUUGUUACUGGUAUUGGUACAUUUUCAAUUUUUACAAUGAUCAUUCUUUUAUCAUUCUUGAUGGCAAGUCUCAUAUCUAA